GUAGCAAUGUAUCUCACACCUUUUUACAGCAAGGAAGACAUGUAUACCUCCUCUCUCACUGGGAAAAAAUGGCUUGAAGAACUUCUUGUAGGCCAUCCAGGGCGUGCUUAUAUUGCACUUGGGAUGCGUAGGCAUGUGUUUCUUGCCUUGGUACUACAGAUUAGGUGUAUGGGAUAUAUGGAGCCUGAGAAGUCUACAAUCACACUCGAAGAAUCACUGGCCAUUUUUCUCUAC